AUGACGUCAAAAUAUGGAGGAAAAGCACGGUUUAGGAGAAAGGAAACGUCAUCAGAACUAUUUCGUAGAAGAAAAGGAACUUGUAUAAUAGAUUAAAGUUAUUGCUUUACAAUUGGAAACAAUGAAAAGUUCUUCGGUAUUAUAUUCGCUCAUUUUUACUUUAUUUGGAUUUCUUCAACAAGUUGCAUCAUAUAGAUGUAGUAAAGAAAUUUUUGGAAGAACAAUAUAUCUAAAUUGUCCAGAAGCAGGAGAUUCUCCAGAUAAAAAGUAUUGUUGCGGAACAGAGAAAAUUCGUUAUUGUUGUAAUACUGAAGAAUUUGCCAAGACAAUAAAUGCCAUUGGACUUAUAAUUGGUGUUCUUAUAUCUGCAAUUGUUGUUAUUGUUGUCAUUGUAGUUGUAUCAUGCUUUUGCUGCAGUUGUUGCUUGUUGGCAAAACGUCGACAACAAAGAGGAAGAGUAUUGUAUGGUAAGAAAUUCUGAUAGUCUGUUUAUAAU